AUGAGAGUUCCUCUUUGGAAUAUAAAUGGGAUUGUGCGGGAUGAAGCACAAUGUAAACUAAGAGAAUUAGUUAAGGAACAUAAACCUGAUAUCAUUGGCAUUGAUGAGCCGAGGGUGUCAGUUUCGUCAAUAUCUAUUAGACGUUUUUUGUUGGAGGGUUUUAAUAAUACUAUAAUUCAUAAUUCUACAGAGAGUACUAUUGGAAAUCUGUGGGUUUUGUGGCCGCGAGAUAUUACUGAGCCAGUUGUUCUAAAUACUUCGCGACAAGCUAUUACAAUUGGUGUAGAUGGUGCUAUGAUUUCUCUUGUUCAUGCUAGAUCCGUGCAAGCUACUAGGAGGAACCUUUGGAGACAGCUUAAUAUGGGUGAUCAACAGAUUCCGCGGAUGGUGCGAGACAGUUGGAAUGAGCCUUUGGUUGGCUCUCCGGCCUUUAUUUAUCCUCAAAAGUUGAAACGUCUUAAAGUGGCUAUGAAGUUGUGGAAUCAAUAUGUGUUUGGUAAUGUGAAUGUGCGUUUAAAACAAGCUCAACUUCAUCUUGAAGGAGAAAUUCGGGUUACUGAUGAGGACCCGACAGAUUUGCAUAAACUGAAUUUGAUGAAGGAUGCUCAAGUUGAGGUCAAUGAGAUUCGUAUGCAAUAUGCUACUAUGUUAAAACAAAAAUCCAUAAAUAAGUGGUUGGUGGAAGGAGCUAGUAAUACUAAUUUCUUUCAUAAUAGUAUUCGUAUGAGGCGUAGUAAUAAUACUAUUUCGGAGCUGGUUGAUUCAAAUAGGGUUACUGUGACCGAUUGUGACCAGAUAAGGGAUCUUAUGGUUGGAUAUUUUGAGAACAAAUUUAAUGAGGAUGAGGCAGUUCCGGUGGACUCUCUUUUUAACAUUGAUCAUGAGAUUCUUUCUGAUGAGGAGAGGAUUAGAAUGGAUCAAUUACCUACCUUUGAUGAGAUUCAUGCAGCUGUUUUUGGUUUGGAUGCGGAUAGUGCCCAUGGUCUAGACGGUUUCGCGGGUUUUUCUAUAGACAUUGCUGGAAGAUCAUUCAAGAGGAUUUGUUUGCUGCUCCUUUUGCCUAAGGAAAGGGGAGCAAAUACUCUUCGUAACUUUAGGCCUAUUGGUCUUAGUAAUUUGUUUUUUAAGAUCUUUACUAAGAUUUUGACUACUCGGUUGGGGAGUGUGUUAGACAAGCUAGUUUCUGAAGAACAGGUGGCGUUUAUGAAAGGUAGAAAUAUUCAUGAGAAUAUUAGUCUUGCUUCAGAAAUGAUUAAUGAAAUUCAAAUGAAGCGUAAAGAAGGUAAUGUGGGUCUUAAAUUAGAUAUUACGCAAGCCUUUGAUACGGUGAGUUGGACCUUUGUUAUGGAUGUUUUUAGAAGAUAUGAGUUUUCGGAUGAUUGGUGCAAUUGGAUUCUUCAGAUUUUGCAAUCAGCUAGGAUUUCUGUUCUUGUGAAUGGUAGCCCUGAAGGUAACAUGAAAAGUUUGAGAAACUUGAUGGCUCUUUUGAGUUCUUAUCAAAGGGCUUCAGGUCACAUUGUUAGCCGCGAAAAGAGUAAACUUUAUUACGGAGGAGGCUCUUUGAAUAGGAGGACAACUAUUUCUGAUUUUUUGGGCAUGAACGUUACUUAUUUUCCUGAUCGGUAUUUAGGAGUUAAGGUUAUGCCAGGUGCGGUCAAAUAUCAUCAUAUUAGCAAUGUUGUAGAGAAGAUUAAGGAGCAAUUAGCGGUCUGGAAGGGUAGAACGCUUUCUUUUCAAGAUAGGGUGGUACUCGUCAAGUCAGUUAUUGCUAGUUAUUCAAUUCAUAAUAUGGCUGUAUACAAAUGGCCUCGUAAAUUCAUUCAUCAAUGUGAUGUUGCUAUUCGUAACUUCUUGUGGUCAGGAGAUUCUAUGGUAAGUAAAUCUUUUGUGGUGGAUUAUGACAAGGUUUGUGCUCCUUAUUCUGAAGGGGGACUUGGUAUCACUCAAAUGAGGGUAAUGAAUAAGGCCAUGCUUAUGAAGUUGUCUUGGAAUAUUUGUAAUUCCAAAAAGGUCUGGGCUAGAUAUCUAAGUGCUAAAUUCUUUACUAAGAAUGGGAAUUUGGUGGAAUAUACAAAAUCUUCUAUUUUUCCGGGUUUUCGUUGGGUUUAUUCUGAAGUUGUUUUUAAUUCUACGGUGUUGAUAGGUGAUGGCAGGUCAACAUCUUUGUAUUUUGAUUCAUGGUGGGGAGAUACUUCUAUUGCUGAUAUUUUGGGUCCAGGGUACUUGGAAAGACAGGCUAGGGUGGCUGAUAUGAUUGUGGACGGUGAAUGGGUGUUCACGGAUCAAGCUUUGAAUACGUUUUUAGCUGCUGGAAUUGUUGUGGAGGACCUGCCAGUACCGAUGGGUGGUGAGGAUUACACGGUUUGGACGUUGGAAAUAAGGGGCAGUUCACAAAAAGAGGAGACCUUGGAUCAUAUUCUUUGGUCUUGUGAUUUUGCUGCCAAAUCGUGGAUGUGGAUUGCUGAUGUUUUUGGUAUUUUCCCUCACCAAAAUAUCAUUACUUCAUAUAAAGAAGCAAAGGGUAAGAGCCGUAUGUUCAAGGAUUUAUGGUUGUUGGCUAUUUUGGUUGUUAUAUCAGAAUUUUGGAUGACAAGGAGUGGUUUUAUCUAUGGUAAUCAAAAGAUUAAUUGGAAUUUCUUUCGUAAGAAGGAUUUCAAUCAAAUCCAUGAUUACUCAAGGCGUUUUAAGGGGUUCAUGUUUAACAACCAAGAUGAUUUGCGUGUUCUUGCCUACUUUAGAGUGCAACAUAGAAGAGUGAAGAUUUAUGAUCCUAAGGAGUGUUAUUGGGUUCCUCCGUUGGUUAAUGAAUUACAAUUGUGCUGUGAUGGUGUGUCUAGAGGGAACCCGGGAAGAGAUGGUGCAGGUGUGGUGGUUUGUGAUUCUGAUGCUAAUGUAUUAGGAGCUAUGAGUAUUGGAUUUGGGGUUCGUUCUAAUUAA